AGUUUGAUUUAGUGCACAACACGGAUAAAGCCAUUCUCUCUGCCAUUAAAACUGAGGGUAUUUAAUUCAGUGAAAGGAGAUUUCAUUCCCCAUGACCUGUGCGAUUGUCUUUUGAAUCUGGGCACGGGCUGCAGUGACCUGCCACAACAUUUGAGGUGUCACCAGCUGCAUUGUGGGUGGUAAAGCGGGAAAGGCAGGAGGGAGCCUCAGCAUCUCCCAUCCCGUGGGUGACUUCAUCACAAAGGACCAGGGCGGCGCCCGCUGGCUCCUGGGGCGGCUGUUGCCGGGCAACAGAGACACUAUAUUGUCCCCUGUCACCUGUGCCCCUCGCCCAUUUGGUCACUGGCCGUGGUGGGAUCACUUGCCGUGGUGGGAUCACUGUGGUGGUGGACUCAUUUUGGCAGUUGGAUCGCUUUUGGUGGUGGGAUCGCUCUUGGUGGUUGCAUCACUUUUGGUGGUGGGAUCGCUAUUGGUGGUUGAACCACUUCUGGUGGUUGAACCGCUUUUGGUGGUUCGAUCACUUUCGGCACUUGGAUCUGUUUGGUGACUGGAUCACUUUCAUCACUCGGAUUGCUUUUGGAGGACCUGGGCUUUCUGGGCCCUGCUGGUGGCUGAAGCGAUGGCCGCCAAAGAUGAAGAGGACCUGCCGGCCUAUUUCCUCAAGCAGUACAGGCAGAACCUCCUGCCCUUGCUCAGGUGAGGGGACUCCUCCACCCACCUCCAUGCCCUCCAUCCUCUUCUCCCGUUUCCUCCAUCCCUCCUUCCCCCACGGUGGCAAACUCCCCGAUCUCCACCACUUCAGCCUCCUCUCCUCCCUCCCUUCCCCACCCUGUUCCUCCCUGUGCCCCCCCUUGCUCUGUCAGAGGGUUCCCUGCUGGGGAUGCCAUGCGGCCAGACGGCAUCUGAGAUGGUGCUGGGUUGCUCUGGCCCGUCAUCCCACUCUGGACACAGUCCAGCACCCUGCCCAGGCACCAGACCCAACGUGUAACCUUGAUGGAAACUUCUGUGGCAGGAAACACAGGCUGACAGAGGAGGGCUCCCUGUCUCCAUUUGUUCGCCUCCAGGAGAAGAGGAAAGAAGCCAAGCAGGUGCAAAAGGCUCUGGAGGAGAAGCGAGAGGCCUUCAGGGAGACGAUGGCCGACAUAGCCCGCCGGUGGAGGGAACUCCAUGCCAAGGAGGACCAGCUGAAAACCUACAUGGAGAAAUCUAUGAGGAGGUUAAAGGAAGAUGAUAAGCUGCGAGUCCAAGCUCUGAAGAAAGCCAUGAGAGAAAGAGAGCAGAAAACACAAAAGGAGAUGGAGCUUGUGAGGGCUAAGAAGAAACUCGGAGCCCUGAAAAAGGAACACCAGAAGCUGAGCAAGGAAGUGCAGAAGUACUCCAUCUUCAAAGAAUACCUGGAGGACGUGGUGAAGAUCUCACCACAGUUUGAGGACAUCCAGGACGUAAUUUCCCGCUACAAGCUGCUGGUGAGGACGCGCAAGGACCUGCAGCAGUCACAAGAGAAGGACAAGGAAAUGCUUAAGCAAACCAAGGUGCUCCUGGACCGGUACGAGGCAGAGAAAGAAGCUGAGACCCUGCAGUACCAAAAUGAGCUGGAGCAGCUCCAACAACGUUUUGCGCAGGCUCAAAGUGAUGUCCGCUCCUGGACUGCUCGCUGGGCCGACAUCCAGAACAGGAAUGUCAAGAAUGGCCUCAUGCUGACGACUAUGAAGAUGGCCAUCCACAACCUCUUCCAGUGCGUGAACACGCAGCUGAAAGCAAAAGUGCAUGUGCCGAAGGAUGACAGCCUCAGACAGCUGGACAUGGUAGAGCCAAGCCAGACCCCCCUCCCUGCCCAGAAAGAGGAGCAGUAAUGACCCUCAGCUGCCCAAAGGGAGGGGAAAGCCCAGAGAAAUCAAGAUUCAGCAGUCUAUCCUAGACCUCAAUGACAUCGUUACGGAGGUGAAACGAAGGACAUGGAGAGCCACCGGCGAGCAGCUAAGCACGAGCAUUAAGGGCAAGAGGAGGACAGAGAGCCCUAGGGAUGUUGUGUUACGUCCGUGAAGGUUCCAAACCUUCCUAGCUCUUUUGUCCUGCCCAGUUGCUGAGUCCCUUUCAUACGAUUAAAAUAACCAAAGAUUUUGAA